CUUUUUUGAGGCUUUAGACACUUCCCGACCAUACAAUCAGUCACGUCAUUCUUAUCAUCUGCUCGUGCGUGAUGCCACCUGAGAACUCCAAGCACUGUGUGAGAUAGGAGUCGCAACCACCACAGGUCUGCAGUGACGGAUGCAACUUGCCUCACACAGGUCACGGUGCCAGCUCGGGGGAAAGCACACACUCAACGAGUAACUCAGGCCGCUGACAAGCAGCCAAGUAACAUUAGCGCCUUCACGUCUGUCUGGAUUUGGUUGCUUCAGCGCUUCCCGUGUCCGCGAUAUCGGCUUGCCCCAUCGCUCAUUCGACCAGCGACGGGACAUGCCAACACUACGGGCAUGAAAGGCCCCAAAGCAACCAAAUCCGCAACCGAUAUAGAAAACAAGGCAGACACGCAAAAAGCCAUCGAUGCCGCCAGGCCAGGGCAGGGCAGGCCUGUCUGGAUGCGAAUGAGAAAGCGCAUCGAGCCUCAUACGCGUCACCAAAAACGUACAAACACAGGUACGCACCCACCCCAUCCCAUCCUACCCUACCACUCGGUCUCUCGUCUCACAUGCAGUCAGUCACCCCUUACCGCCGAAGUGCCCGUGGCCGCGGAACAAGGCGACGCUCUCAAUCAUGGUCAGCACAGAGCUGGCCCCCACAGCCGCCGCCACGAUGAGGAUGACAUAGGACUUCCGGCCGUACCUCACCGACACGUAGUGCACCAGCCGCACGCCGCAGUAGGAGGCCAGGGUGGUCAUGGUUCCGAAGAAGAGGGCGGCGGUGAUGAUGAUUCGGUUGAUCAGCAGGUAUUGGAAGGUGGUCGACGUGGCCGUGAAGAUGACGCACGUGGCCGCCGUCGCGACCGUCACCACGGCGUCGAUCUCCAUGAAGACGAAGAAGGGCGAGAAGAUCAGCCCGCCGCCGAUGCCGAGCAGCCCCGAACAGAUGCCGGCGACAAGAGAGACGCCGGCGAAGAGCCCACACCGCUUCUUAGUCCACUCGGUGUUGAGGCCAGCCAGCAGCUGGAGAGCGAAGCCCCCCUCAACCACGGAGCACAGCAGCAGCCCCAGCACGACGAACAGGCCGGCGAUGACUCUGUGGUGGCCCUUGUAGUGGUGCAGCAUCGCCCCGCAGGUGAUGACCGAGAGAAGCACCAUCAGGAGGAUGCUGAUGUCCUGGUACAUCUGGAACCGGGAGGGCGGCGCAUGGACUGCCUGCAGAGAGGCCACCGGGCCAGGCAGGGGUAUUGACGGGAGAGUGAUGCCGCCUCUCGCCCACCGGCCGCCCAGCCGGCCCAUGAUGCCCCUGCCUUGGUCCUGUAUGAGCGUCUCAGACAUGGCCGCCACGUCGGAUAUGUGGGCGAACUGAUAGGUGCCGUUCUCAUCCUCCAAGCCACUCUCGCCCGCUGACGCAUAGCUCAUGGUGUACUCGCUCUGUGGGUGGGCACUCGAUGAGCCGUUCAUGCCGACGCCGAAGGAGUAGCGCGGUGGCAGUGGCCGAAAGCUGCUGCUGCUACUGGUGCUGCUGCUGCUGCUGGCUGCUGCCUCCUUCCCCGCAGAUGUGUCCGCUUCGGUCUUGGCGUCGCCCUCGCUCUCCGUCUUCUUGCCGUCCAUUUCCUCCUCCUCCCUCGUCGACUCCGUGGGUGCCCUCGACGCGGUAGGGGCCGCCUCUCUUUCACUCUCAGCAGUCUCGCUUGUCACUGCCGAUGGCCCCCCCUCCCCUCCCUCCUCCAGAGGACCGUUCUGCGUCCUGCCGGUGGGUUCGUCAUCGGUCAGCUUGGCCACAGAGGUGAGGUCUUCCUGGGACCUGCCGUGGAUCUGGACGAGAGAGAUCUCCUGGAAGGCGGGCUCGCGGGCCGCUGCGGUCUCCCGCUGGUAGGUGGUGAGUCCGGUGUGCAGGGUGCGAUAAGUGACGAGGGACAGGAGGACGAACAGCAGGGCGACGAUGCACCACUGCGGGAGAACGCCGUUAAAAAAGACGCCCAGCAGCGUGCCUGCCAGGGCCAUCGGCACAACCAUUUUACACAGCUCCUGAAUGAACGAAACACGUCGACAGACAGGCAAUGAAUGGGCUGCUGCGAGGCGAGGGCAUUGUGUGGAGUGUCGGUGCUUGUUACAAAAUCAAUCAGCGGGCCUCCGUGCAGCGGGUGGCGCUUCCGAAUGUUCAGACAGAACGAAAUGAUCGAGCCGGUGAAGAUCAUCGCCUGCACACAGCCACACAGCCAGUCAGCCAUGCACACACAGCACCAUGGCUCCUCGCGUCGUUCCCGCUUUUCCUUUGCCCCCUGCGCACCUUGCUCAGUGGAACGGCAUCCCACGCCUCGUAUCUGCCGACAAAGAUGAGAAGGGCGACGAAGACACCCCCGCCCCCUAUCCCCGCGGCCGACACCAUCACGCCGCCGACGAAGAUAGCCACGGCCGUCACAUAGGACUCCCACUCAGCCAGAGAAAAGCUCCCAUGAUAGCCUUCUGAGUCGAUGAGUACCAUCGCUGCGAGGAAAGCGGUGGCUAUGCCCCUUGCGCCUGUGUGUUAACGAGGUACGUGCAGCACACCACUCUCC